AGCACCACUAAUUAAAUUCUCUAUAAAACAUAAGAGAGUCUAAACACUGUGGUAGAAAAAAAUAUAGACUUUUAGAUAUGUGUAGUAAAAUAACAUUAGUGUUAACUUUAUUUUCCAGUUAUUUCAUAUCAACAGAUGCUGUGAAUGGAUCAUUUCCUGCGCUUUUGGCUUUUGGAGAUUCAAUUCUCGAUACUGGCAACAACAAUUUUCUCCUGACUUUUAUGAAAGGAAAUAUCUGGCCAUAUGGAAGGAGUUUCAGCAUGAGAAGGGCGACAGGAAGAUUUGGAAAUGGAAGAGUUUUCUCUGAUAUAGUUGCUGAAGGUUUAGGGAUCAAGAAGAUUUUACCAGCUUAUCGUAAGUUGUUCAAUUCUCCAAGUGACCUUAGAACUGGUGUUUGCUUCGCAUCAGGUGGUGCAGGAGUUGACCCUGUUACAUCCAAAUUGCUGAGAGUUUUAACGCCAAAGGAUCAAGUAAACGAUUUCAAAGGGUACAUAAGAAAGCUAAAGGCCACAGCAGGUCCUUCAAGAGCAAGUAGUAUAGUUUCAAAUGCAGUGAUUCUUGUUUCUCAAGGAAAUAAUGAUAUUGGAAUCUCAUAUUUUGGAACUCCAACUGCUGCUUUCCGAGGAUUAACUCCCAAUAGAUAUACCACUAAACUAGCUGGUUGGAACAAACAGUUUAUGAAAGAAUUAUACGAUCAAGGAGCGAGAAAAUUCGCGGUAAUGGGAGUGAUACCGUUGGGAUGUUUGCCUAUGACAAGAAUCUUCCUUGGUGGGUUCGUCAUCACGUGUAACUUCUUCGCGAAUAGAGUCGCAGAACAGUACAACGGAAAAUUGAGGAGCGGAACUAAAAGUUGGGGACGUGAAGCAGGUUUUAGGGGUGCAAAAUUUGUCUAUGUCGACAUGUACAACACUCUUAUGGAUGUUAUUAAAAAUUAUAGAAGAUACGGAUUUUCUAAUGAGAAAAAUGGGUGUUGUUGUAUGAUUACGGCUAUAAUACCAUGCCCCAACCCAGAUAAAUACGUCUUCUACGACUUCGUUCAUCCAUCCGAGAAAGCUUACAGAACAAUUUCUAAAAAGCUUGUCCAGGAUAUCAAGAAUGGCCUUGCCUGAUUUAUUAUAUAUACAAUGCUUUAUUUUAAUUUUAAUAACAGCCAUCGUUAAUAAUAGAAAUGAGAAGACAAAAAUCAUACAUGGCGAUCUCUCUGUUUUUCUUAUGUUAAAGAAUGUAUAAUCCAGUUUAUGUAUUGUUCACUUUAUAUAAUCCCAGAACAACAAAGGAGUUUGUUUACAAAUGUAA